AAAACGGUGACCUACUAAUUAAAGGCGGCUGAUAAGGAAGGACACACGGCGAUGAGGGAGUCCACGGGAGGAACGUCUCGGGCAUUAUUUGUCCUCGCGGCUGUGCUGUUCAUUGUUCACAAUGUAGUGUUUGUUGUGUUCACUGUCCGGCAGUUCAAUGAGGAGGAGCUUCUCCGACAGCAGUACCAGGACCAACAGGAGAGAAUACGACUCCUGAAGUCACGGUGCCCCAGUCUCCAAACCAAGAGGGAGGCGCUGGUGGACAUCCUGGAUACGCCGGAGGAAGACCACGCCAACAAACGACAGACGCAAGCACUUUUGGAAAGGCUAAUUACAGAACAGGAGCUGAUUCUGGAGAAGCACUGCAGUAACGGAACAGGACUUUGUGUACAAGGAGAGAAGGGAGACACUGGGCCAUUAGGAGAUACAGGUCCAAAGGGACUUUUGGGAACAGUUGGUCAAAAUGGUGAAAUGGGGGACAAUGGCACUCGGGGGAUUCAAGGGCCUCCAGGAAUCAAAGGUCAAGCUGGACAGACCGGGGAGCCAGGCUUGAAAGGGGAACAAGGGACGGAUGGUGUCCAGGGUGACAAAGGUCUCUCCGGGCAACAGGGCAUUGAAGGGGAGCAGGGCAUCAACGGAACAUCCGGGCUUCAGGGAGCCAAAGGUUUGAAAGGUGAUGCAGGCAUGAUCGGUGACCCCGGGGCCAAAGGUGAACCAGGAGGUGUAGGGGUCAAAGGUGAUGCUGGUUUGCCAGGGGUCAAGGGUUCCAAAGGAGAACAAGGAUUAGAUGGACAUACCCCUUAUGUUGAUUCGAACUGCACAUGCGUUGUACAGCCAUAUAUAAUUGGCCCCACCAAAGAGACGGUUGUAGGUAAACGCAAUGGUGGGGUUACAUUGAACUGCACUGUUGGGGGAGACCCACCGUCGAAGGUCACGUGGAUGAAAACUGGAUCAACUCUACCGCUUGACGCCACACAACAAGGGCCCCUGCUCAUCAUCCCUGGCUCCAGGUCAACAGAUGCGGGGGAGUAUAAGUGCCUGGCAGACAAUGGAAUGGGGCACGUGGAGAAAACAUUCAACGUUAAGUUAAUCGCUCUGAGCUGUGACUUUGAAAGGGACUUCUGUUCUUGGACCCAGAGUCAGACAGACAACACGGACUGGAUCUAUCACACAGGGGGCACUCCGACAGGUUCCACGGGACCAAGCUCAGAUCAUACCACCGGUCAUGGUUACUACGUCUAUAUGGAGACCAGCUUAGGCAAUAUCAACGACAAGGCAGACCUAGUGUCCCCGGUUUUGGGAGGAAAGACAGUCACAUGUUUGCGGAUGUGGUACCACAUGUUUGGCACAGACGUCAACUCACUGACAGUGUUUAAAGAGUAUCAAAACGGUUCCCGAACUUCCAUAUGGCAUGAAGAUGGUGACCAGGGUAACCAGUGGAACCACAUGGCAGUGACUAUACCCGCCACCUCCCAGUCUUACAGGGUGGUGCUGGAGGCUCAGCGAGGAAAGUCCAUCGAGGGGGACAUCGCCCUGGAUGAUAUUGAAGUUACAGACGGGGUUUGCACAAUGACCGCUCGUGACCUGAAUUGUGACUUUGAGUCUGGCACGUGCCUUUGGAAACAGGCAACAGAUGACCAGAAAGAUCUGGUCAUAUACAAUGGCGCCACACCAAGCAUGAUGACUGGACCGUCGGCUGAUCACACCCUGAAAGAUGCACGAGGACACUACCUUUACCUGGAGACGUCCACUGGGGCUGCAGGUGACACGGCCAGGGUUGUCUCCCCCUUGCUCACCAACAAGGGGGCCAUGUGCUUCAGCGUCUGGUACCACAUGAGUGGCUCAGGGGUGGGAUCUCUCAACGUGUAUGUCCAGAAACAUGGGGAAGCCAGGCAAAUGAUGUGGACGCACAAGGGUAGUCAAGGCAACGAGUGGAAACUGGCGAGGUUCACCGUUCCAGCGUCUGCCAAACAAUACAACAUCAUCAUAGAAAUGACCAAAGGCGCCAACUUCUACGGCGACAUUGCCAUUGACGACAUCACGGGUACAGCAAACUCUUGUCCACCACCAGCCAAUCCCCUUGACUGUGACUUCGAGAGUCAGUUGUGCAGCUGGACGCAAGGAAAACAGGACGAUUUUGAUUGGUCGAUUAAAUCCGGACCACCAAGCAGAGGCUAUGUGGGUCCACCGACAGACCACACACUUCAAACAGGCAGUGGUCAUUACAUCUACCUGGAUCCCAAGUUCGCCAUUGAAAAAACCGCAGGGUUGGUAUCGCCGCUUCUGACAACCAACACCAUCUUCUGUCUCGACUUUUGGUACUACAUGGAUGGCCAAAACAUCGGCAGUCUUCUUAUCCGCAGAAUGGUAUACGGGAAUCCAGUGGAGACUCUGUCCUUGUUGGACGCCGAUGCUGGAACUGGUUGGCACCACGCCACAGUGAAAAUCGUCAGCUACUGGACGCAGUUCAACCUCGACAUCGUGGGCAUCAGGGGAACGGUCUCCAACUCCUACAUCGCCAUCGACGAUGUUACAGUCUCACAGGGAGGCUGUAACUAGAACUCCCAAACUGUGAUUCUCACCUCAAUAAUCUGCAAUACACCAACCGUGCAAAAUUG